ACCAAAAUAAACCUAAACCAAUUGUCGUUAGGAACGAAGAAACAUACGUACCAAAAAAGGUAACGAUUUCAUGUGUUUCCUAGUUUAGAGUAGGAAAAGUUUGAACCGUACUUAGAAGCAGAAACCCUACCAGUUAAUUUGGUUUCCUUCCUGCAACAUCUGCAUAGUUCCAAGCGACAAUUGGAAAAGUCAAGAUAAACGUAAAUCCAAUUGGAAUGCAAAAACCAAUUGUAAAUGGGGAACAUGGCAGCCUGAAAAAAGGUACGUUUAGUUUACUAGUAUAUAAUGCUGCCCCGCCUCCCUCUGCUUGCAUGCUACCAUACUAUUACUCACUUGCAUUGUGAUCUUCUAUCUAGAGAGAGAAAGUGAGAGAGGAGAGAGAGACAGAGAGAGAUGGCGAACAAGAACAUACUUGUUAGCUUUUUGAUUUUGUGCCUCGCUUCAUCUCAGUUUUUUUAUAUUGGUCACAGCCGACCCACCCCAGUAGCAACUGCAUCAUCGGCCAAAACCACGCCCGUUGCCAUGCCAACUUUGCCGCUCAUGCCAAUUAUUUCGACGCCCCCCAUCAGUGGUACACAAAUAAUACCCGCCACGCGCUCCAUUGCUACGACACCCCCGGCCGUCACGAUUACACCAGUGACGCCAGCCACACCCUCCAUCGUAACGCCACCCGCGCCCGCCGCAGAUACACCAGUGACGCCCGCUGAUCCUUUGAUUUCUAGCCCACCGCAGCCGGCCGCCGAGACACCCGAUGCACCCUCCAUGGUUACGCCAUCUACUCCGGCCACGGAUACACCAGUGACGCCCGCUGAUCGUCCGAUUGCUAGCUCACUGCAGCCGGCUGCAGAUAGCCCUGAGACGCCCGAUGCUCCCUCUAUUGCUCCGCCACCUUCGCCAACUCCACCAGAGACUGAUGCCUUGCCAUACCCAUAUAACGACAUACUGGACUACUCAAACGGCGCUGCUAAACUGAAUAUCAGUUACUCUCUAUUUUAUCCAUUGAUUAUGUAUCUGUUUCAUCAACUACUAUUUUGAU